AUGGCCGCCCGCCGCGUGACAGUCACCCAGCCCAUCGGCGACGCCGACGACGGCCGCCGCCCGCACCUGCAGUGGCAGGUGGCCAACGGCACGCGCUUCACCAUCACUGGCGACCUCGCGCGCUUCCUCGACGGCGAGGUCCCGUGGCACCGUAUCGAGGGCAUCGACGUGCUGCCCCUUCUCCAGCGGCUCGCAGACCUCAAGGAGGCGUAUGGUGCCAACGUGGCCGGCGAGGUGGUGUUUGAGGACCUCCUCACCCUUCCUCCCGACGGCAUCCGCGCCGACGGCCACUCCAAGUUCCGCCUCCAGGCCGCGCGCUCGCACAUCUGGCACAAGGUGUCGCCCGCGCGGGCGCACAGGGCGCCGCUCACCGCCAACCAGGUGGCGGCGUGCGUCGUGCUUGCGCUGCUCAAGGGCUGGAGGGUGGACGAGGUGCCCAUGACGGCGGGCUUCCCCGCGCUCUUCGUCUUCGGGCAGCCAUGCCACCCCAAGGAGCGUAUCUAUCGCUUCUGUUAUGAGAUUGCACGCGACCUCGACCCGGCGAACGUUAUCGUACACGGUCUCCGUUGUGAGGGCUGCGUCGAGCACAAGAUCGCCAACUGCUGGUCCUACACGCCGUUCGCACCCAGACUGGCGGGGUGGCGGCCGUGA